CCUUGACCUUGACAUUCGUAGGCGACCUUCAUGUGUUCUCUCUGGUCCGGUUCAGUUUCUGAUGAAAGUUUACUCUUCAGUUGAAUCAGUUGUACGCUGUUGUCUGCGUGGCAGUUGGUAGAAACAGUUCAAGAUGGAGGAUUUCAAAUCGGACACUGGAAAUGCAGACAUUGACGCAAAGGUGGAGGAAUGGAUGCGUUGGGAUAAGAAUGAGGUUAAUCGUGAAGAGAUCCGAAAACUGGCUUUGGCGAAGAAUGUUGAUGAGUUAAGGAAACGCCUGCUUCAGAGAAUGGAGUUUGGCACAGCAGGUCUUCGUGCCCGGAUGGGAGCUGGCUACUCUAUGAUGAAUGACCUGACAAUCAUCCAAGCAACACAGGGCCUGGUGAAGUACCUUGUAGCGACAGAUCCGGAUGCUAAGAAAAACGGGCUGGUUGUGGGAUACGACGCCAGACACAACAGCCAGAGAUGGAGUGAGCUGGUAGCAACCAUAUGUAUCAAUGAAGGUGUACCAGUUUACAAGUACUCCAAGAUCUGCCCUACCCCAUAUGUGCCAUAUGCCGUGGUGCACUAUGGAGCUUCCUGUGGGAUCAUGAUCACUGCCUCACACAACCCGAAGGAAGACAAUGGCUACAAAGUGUACUGGAAAAACGGAGCUCAGAUCAUUUCUCCAAUCGACAAAGGUAUUGCAACAUCCAUCACUGAACAUCUUGAGCCUUUCCCCACGUCCUGGGAUACGUCUUGUCUUGCUAAUGGCAAGCUAUUGAAGGAUCCCUAUGACGAGAUAUAUGAUCUGUAUAACAAAGAUCUGCAUCAUCUGUGUCACUUCAGAGAACAGAAUACGUCCUCCAAAGUGACCUUCACCUAUACUGCCAUGCAUGGUGUGGGAUACAAGUUCACCUGUGAGUCUCUGAAGAAGUUCGGCUUUCCUCCUCCUGUACCAGUUAAAGAACAGGUGGAGCCAGAUCCGGAGUUCCCCACGGUGAAAUACCCCAAUCCUGAGGAGGGCAAGGGAGCCUUGACAUUAUCAAUGCAGACAGCCGAUGCCAAUGGAAGUGUGGUAAUCCUUGCCAAUGACCCUGACGCAGACAGGCUGGCAAUAGCCGAGAAACAGCCUAAUGGCAAGUGGAGGAUCUUCACUGGGAAUGAGAUUGGGGCCCUGUUGGGGUGGUGGAGUCUCUUUGCCUUCAGAAGAAGUAACCAAGAUGUCCCCAACAGUGAUAUCUGUAUGGUGGCCAGUACUGUUUCCUCCAAAAUCCUGCAGACCAUUGCCAGGAAGGAGGGGUGUAUCUUUGAUGAAACCUUGACAGGAUUCAAGUGGAUUGCCAACAAGGCCUGUGAAAGAAAGAAUGAUGGGAAACAUGUCAUCUUUGCAUUCGAAGAGGCCAUCGGUUUCAUGUGUGGAACCAAGGUUCUGGACAAAGAUGGUGUGAGCGCAGCAGCAGUGUCAGCCGAGAUGGCAACGUACCUCUACAACAACAACUCAACUCUGGCUAAAAAGCUAGUAGAGAUAUUCAAUGAAUACGGUUAUCACCUGUCUCGAAACUCCUACUUCCUGUGCUACGACCCAGCCAUUACCGCCAAAAUGUUUAAGAAUCUCCGUAACUUUGAUGGUCCAGGAAAGUAUCCAUCAAGCUGUGGCCCUUACAAGAUCAAAUAUGUUCGAGAUCUAACAGGCACGGGGUACGACAACAGCCAACCAGACAAUGUUCCAAUUCUACCAACAAGCAAGUCCUCCGAGAUGAUCACCUUCACAUUUGAAAAUGGUUGCGUGGCCACCCUGCGGACAAGUGGCACCGAACCCAAAAUUAAAUACUACACUGAGCACAAGCCGGAUCCUACUACAGGAAUGGACCGAGAUGCAGCAGAACGGGAGCUGAACGACAUGGUCCACUGUAUCGAGACUCAUUUCUUCCAGCCGGAGACUUUUGGACUUACUCCGCGACCUACGAGCUAAAACAUGUCACAUCUCCCUGACCGUCUGCUCCAGGUGCAUACAACUUUCAGCAACCCAUUCCAUGACCCAUGAAUACUCCUCCUUCUUUCUGUACUGCCACACUUUUUAUUUUUUAGUUAAGAUUUUUUUGAACAAGAAUGGACAUAAUUUUAAGGAAGAGAGUUUUAUGGAUGGCGACUCCUUUAGUAUGUGGACCACAAAGUUUCGGAGUAUGUCUGUACUCCUUUAUUCACCUGAUGAAGGAGUAAGGAUAUACUCUGAAACAUUGUUUCUCAUAAUAAAGAAAUAGACAUCAAUAAAAAAUCUUUUCUUUAUGUGUAUCACUUCUAAAUGCCAUUCAAAGACUUGACAUAUAUUUGUAUAGAUAAAUGCAUAUUUUGUUUUGGGGGAACAAAUUUAUUUGGGUUAGAUGAUCUCAUGAGAAUAUUAGGAUGCCCUUUUGUUCAGGGUGUUCAAUUUU